AGUCAUGCGCUCUCUGUCUGCUUCUGUUUCGACCAGCAAAUUUAUCACAUGCUCAUGAACACCAGCGGAAGCACUACCCGGAUGCCGCUCGCGCGGCAGGGAGUGCGCCCGGCGUACUAGCGCCCGUUAUGUCCUCCGUUCCUAAGUGCUGCUAGUUUAUUCUGUUUUUGUCAGCACUCGUCUCGUCUGCUCCAGGAUCGGAUAUACCAGCAGCCAUGUGCUCUUUUCUGCUGGUCUCCUGGGUGCUGCGCAACCUCGCGGUGAUCAACACCUACUUGAAAAGCCGCGGGCCCGACGCGACCAGCCUGUACCGGAAUGGCGACUUUUCCAUGCUCUUCAACCACCUGCACAUGACCGGCGCCGAGCGGUUGCAACCCCUUUUCCUGGACACGAGCCACUUCGCGAAGCAGGACAGAAUUUCUAGCACGGGGUCCACCGAACCAAGAACAGCUUCCGAAGAUGAACCACAGCUAGCGGCGGGGGCGAAAUCCACAGAAAUAGAAAAUCACGCAUCAACUACAUCGGCAGCAAAAUCGCCAUCAUCCUCCUCUGCCAAGUCCAAAUCCACCCUAUUCGCCGUUUUCAACGGAGAGAUAUACAACUGGGUGGAGCUCCGCGAGCAGCAUGCCGACGCUUUCAGGGUAACUACGAAAUCAGCUGCAAAAACCCCCGGGACGACGACGACGACCUUCCUUCCCGUGAAAUCGGACGGGGAUGUGAUCCUGCCACUGUAUCUGCACUACGGCCCGAGAUUUCUCCAGUUUCUCGAUGGGGAAUUCACCAUCAUUGUUGUCGACGAACGGACGCGAAAAAUCGUGAUCAGCACGGACGUGUUUGGAACCAAGCCACUCUGGCUGAGCGUGUUUGGAGGUGGAAGCAAGGAACAACUCGUCCCAGCUGCACGAACGAGAGUAUGGAUUGUAAAAAUGUCUGGGUCUGGAAGCUUGGAACUUGUAAUGCUAACUUUCCAUACCUAGAAAAUCCGUAUUGCAUAACCGACAAAAGCCGCAGCCUCUUUUGUCAUGCAAAAACGCAGUUUCUCAUGCGGAUUGCCUAUGAGAAAGCGUUUUGGAAAGUUGUCAUGCCGGACUGCAUUCGGAAGUGUUUUCAUCAUGCACAUUUUAGCAUCACAAGUUUCCAGACCCAGACAUUUUUGCAUUUGAUACAGAGCCGUUGGAAACGAUGCAGGGGUCGUCCUCGCGUCAGCGUCAAGUAAAGCUAUCCUGAGUAAAAACGUACCCAUACCAGAGUUGUAAUGCAGAUUUGCAAAGACAGGGAGACUUGUAAUGCGCAUCCGCAUGAGAGCCAUUUCCGAUCGUGUUUUGGAAUUUGUGAUGCUGUGAACAGCAUGAGCAGAUGAAUCUGUGACGCGGCUGCACUUGCUAACCUGCACUACACUGCAGAGUGCAACUUGUCAUGCCUGCGUGACUCACAAAACUCCUAGGUUUGUGAUGCAAAAUCCCCAUCCUGACUCUGGUGUGGGUACGUUUUUACUCAGGAUAAAAGCUUCAUCUACUUCAUCUACCUCAUCUGCCGACAAAAGAACUCAUCGGAGAAGUAGAAGAACAAACUACUGGCACUUUGGCGUCAGUGUGUAUCGGUCGGGGUUAGCGCGGGCGGGGGCGCCGGCGGGCAGUCUGCGUAUCAAAUGCAAAAAUCCCUGGAUGUCUAGAAGAAUGCGCGAUUUGUCAUGCUGGUUUUCCAUGACCCAUGAGGUCUGGAAUGCAGGACCUAGCAUGACAGAUUCUGCGCGACCUUUCUAAUGCCUAUCCUGCAUGAGAAACUACCUCCCGACUUGGUGAAAACUGGACGACUUUUGGUAAUCAUGCAACACAGAUUUUUGCAUGCUGCAGAUUUAGCAUGACAAGUUGCAAUCUUCCAGACCCAGACAUUUUUACACUUGAUACUGCGCAUGAUCCCACCAAACCAGGCCUUGGUGUUUGGGUACGAUAGUGCAGAUGAAGAACUUUCUUUGAACCUCGAGCGCGAUUUAUUACAAUGAAAAAUGCCCCCACCCCCAGCUUGGUAGCCUCUGUAUUGCAAACCUUUCCAACAGAAACAUUCCCCAUCUUGCAUAUCUCAGCAUCACAAAUUUUCCAUGCUGAAUAGGUCAAAUCUGUGUUGCGAAGUAGCCCAACAGCAGCCGGAUCUGUUAUGCACAAAGCACCUUGCGCGCCCUGAUUCUGCAUCAGAAACGCUCGCAAUCCUUUUAUGCAAGACAAAAAGCGUUCAUUUGGAAACUUUGCAUGACAAACUUCUGCCAAUUUCGGGGUGGGGGCAUUUUUCACUGUAAUACGAUUUGAACCGAAUUCUGAAAACGUCGAGGACGGGGAAGUCGGGCGACGUUGGGAGUACCUACACAAUAUCAAAUGCAAAAAUGUCUGGGUCUGGAAGAGUGCAAACUUGUCAUGCAGGUUUUUCAUGACCCAUGAGGUCUGGAAUGCGGGACCUAACAUGACAGAGUCUGUGAGGUCUCUGCCAUGCCUAUCCUGCAUGAGAAACUCCCUCCAAACUUGGUCGAAAGUGGACAGCUUUUGGCACUCAUGCAACACAGAUUUCUGCAUGAUUCGGAGUUAGCAUGACAAGUUGCAAUCUUCCAGACCCAGACAUUUUUGCAAUCCAUACACAAACGCACAGUUUAGCAGGAGUGCAAAAGUUUUUGAUCAGCAAGAACAUCAUCUUCAUGAUCUGGGUGGGGGACUACAAGAACCUGGCACAGAAACUGCAGCUGCUGCUGGUCCUCACACGAAGACCCUUCGAGACUAUGGAUCGCAAAUUUGUCUGGGUCUGGAAGGUUGCAACUUGUGAUGCUGCAUUUGGAUACUACAAAAUUCUGUAUUGCAUGAACAGCAAAAGAGCUCGAGUUUAUGCCACGGCGAGAGGGCAUUUCUCAUGCGGUAUAGGCAUGAGGAAACCCUCACAGAAUCUGCGAUGCUACGGCAUGCAUAACAGACGUCAGGAGUCAUGCAAACUGUGCAUGACAAACCUUGCGUCCUUCCAGACCCAGACACAUUUGCAUUUGAUAGAGACGAGGACGAAACCAUUCAUCUCGUCGACGAGGAUAUCCCACGAAAAAACUGUUUCACUGUGAUGGUUUUGCAAGAUCCGCAUCACAAGAUUGCUACACAUGACACAGAAAAUUUGCCAUGCGCGCUUUCCAAGGUGAAACACGCUUAAAAAUUGACUGCCUUGCAGGUGUAGCAACACAAAUAGUUCUGUGUUCCAUUCUAUGCAUGACAAGUUCACAGUGAAACAGUUUUUUCUUGCGAUAGAGGACACACAAGCAGAUAAUGUUGACAAAGGACGACACGAAGUAGAAUCUCAGCAUCAAGGCCUGCCUAACCUCCGUUUGCUGGACCACUUUCCGCUGUUCGAAUUCGACUAUGAGAGGGCACAACUCGACGUCCCUCUUCUCGUGAUUUGUAAGGUCAUGCAGAGCAAUACAAGCAGCGGCAGAUGAUGAAAUAUAGCUUCCGCAAGACAACUUUACGUGCAGAGUGUACACUGUUUAAGCUUCGGAAACUUGUCAUGCAGACAGUGCUCGGGGGCACGAGGUGGCUUUGAGCUUUUUGCAUUACAAAUGAGGGGGAGCAGGGGGGUUUUGCGCUCGCAUAUCGACCUCCGGCAGUUCAAAACGGACACCCGAGACGCGAUCGCCGCGUUUGAAAAGGCGAUCCACAAACGGGUGAAAACCUCCCUCCAUCUAUCCUGUGUAAAAACUACGUGCCCACCCCAGAGUCAAGAAGGGAAUUCUGCAACACAGAUCCAGAAGUUUUGGGAGUCACGCAUGACAAGUUUUUUUUCAUUACUGUAAUGCGGGUUAGCAAGGUCAACUGCAUCACAAAGCCUUGGUAGUAUCCUGUUUACAGCAUCACAAAUUGCAUAACACCAUUGAAAAUGCCCCUCGUGGGGAUGCGCAUUACAAGUUUUCCUGUGAUUGUAAUUCUGCAUGACAACUCAAACUCUGGGGUGGGGACGUUUUUACACAGGAUACCAUCCCCCCUUCCUCGGACUCUCCUCCGGCUACGACGCGGGCGCGAUUCACCUGGCCCUGACGAAGAACAGCAUUCCGCACUACUACUACACGAUCAUGGGGAAAGAGGACAUGGAAGUGAUUCGCAAGCGGAACAUUUUUUCCAAGGACGUCGCUUACGCCACGAUUAUCGACUAUAGCUACAACAUGUUUCAGCAGAUCCGCACCUACCUAAUGGCCUGCUCGGAGCCGUACGAGUUUUCCGCGUUUUCCCGGAAGUUCGUCGGCCGCACCACCGUCGUGGAUGACGACGCGUCCAUGGGGCUGGCGCAGAUCAUGGGCGUGGCGCGGCAGAUGGGCACGCUGGUUUACCUGACCGGCUCCGGCGCGGACGAGAUUUUGUCAGACUAUGGCUUCAACAAGACAAAGAUUUUCCCGCAGUCAAUAUUCUAAGAGAAAAGUGUUACAGUAGUUACACACUGUGAUGGAAGACAAGCAAGACAGACAACCUCUGUCAUGCAGGAAAUGCUUGCCAGCCUCAUUUCAUUCGUGUUUUCGCUUACAGUGGUCUGCGCAUGACAGGUUUUCUCUGCCAUGGCGAGCAACUUUGUGAUGCAGAAACUCCAAGAACAAAUGUGUAACUGUUACUGUAACACUUUUUCCCUGUGAUAGUCAACGAUCGCAGGGUAUUUCCCCGACAACCUCGCGGAGAUUUUCCCGUGGGCGAUUUUUUUCCUCGGGAUAUCAAAUGCAAAAAUGUCUGGGUCUGGAAUCUUGUGAUGCUAAAAUGUGCAUGGUGAAAACGCUUUCGAAUGCAGUUCGGCAUGACAACUUCCCAAAACGCUUUCUCAUAGGCAAUCCGCAUGAGAAACUGCGUUUUUGCAUUACAAAAGAGGCUGCGACUUUUGUUGUUUAUGCAAUACAGAUUUUCUAGGUAUGGAAAGCUAGCAUUACAAGUUCCAACCUUCCAGACCCAGACACUUUUACAAUCCAUACGGGACCAUGCGCGACUACAUUAUGAAGGAGGAAUUAGUCGGCGGCGCGUUCGUAUCAAAUGCAAAAGUGUCUGGGUCUGGAAGUAGAUUCUGAGACUUGUCAUGCACGUUUUGCGGGCGCCAUGAUGUCUGUGAUGCAUGCCCUAGCGUGACAGAGUUGUUGAGGGCUUCUUGAUGCCUAUUCCGCAUGGCAAAUCCCCUUUACGUGUAGAAAAAAUUAGACUCCUUUCGCUGCUCGUGCAAUACAAAUUUUUUUGCAAUCCAAAUUCAGCAUCACAAGUUGCAUUCUUCCAGACCCAGACAUAUUUGCAAUUCGUAGUUCGGGAUCGAAGCGAGGUAUCCCUUUUUGGACAAGGAGUUCGUGCAGGAGAUUCUGUGGCUGGAGAAGAAAGUGAAAAACUCCGAGUACAAAAACGUGCUCCACACCUACUUCGAGCAGAACAGUUACCCAUUCAAGCACCGCGACAAAACCGGAUUUUCUUCCGCGGAGAACCGCAUUUUGAGCCCGCAGUCGUUGGUGUACGAAAUGGCCGACUACUUCGAAAACGGGGGCGACGGGGAGGAGAACGGCGGAGCGAAAAUUGUUGACCCGUUGAACGUAUCCUGUGCAAAAGUAUCGUACUCGUAGUAAUCUUCGCAGCUAUGCAUUACAAAUCUUUUUCUUGAGGCAAAUCCGCAUUACAAAUUUAAUUUGUAAUGCUAAGUCAAUUUGUAAUGCAUUUCUACGAGUACGAUACUUUUGCAAUUCAUAGAACGUAGAUUUGAAUGUUGGGACGAGCAGGAGUAGAAACCUCUCGGGACGUCGUACGUUUGGAACAAACGAUAUCCUGAGUAAAAACGUCCCCACACCAUAGUUGUCAUGCAAUUCUGCAUGCUUAAAAUGUUUCUCAUGCGGAGCCCCAUGAGAAGCAUUUUCUAAUGCGGUUUGGAAAUCUGUAAUGCGCCAAUCAGCAUGAGAUACUAGAUCUGUAAUGCUGCUUAGCUAGCUCAAACAGCACUACACUACGCGUCCAAAUUUGUCAUGCGAAACAGCCAAAGCUUAUGGAUUUGUCUAGCGGAUUUCCCAUCUUGACUCUGGUGUGGGGACAUUUUUGCUCAGGAUAAACGAGGAUGCCAGCACUUCUGUUGCACCAGAAGAGGAUCAUGUGGACCAGGAUUCUGUCAUCCCCUCUUCCCGUGUGCAGCUAUCAACUGCAAAAAUGUCUGGGUCUGGAAGAAUGCAGGGUUUGUCAUGCUUGUCUGGCGUGACUCUUAAAUCUGUCAUGCACGUUACCCAAAUGCCCCACCCUUCUGUGAUGCAAAGACGCAGUUUGUCAUGCAGAAUAGGCAACACCUAGAAGCUCAGAAACUUGUCAUGCUGAGCCAGCACUUGUGGCCUCAUCAUGAGACGCCACCCAGCAUCACAAGCUUCCAGACCCAGACAUUUUUGCAUUUGAUAGCAGCUGUUGAAAAACCACAAGCAGGGGUUCCAGGCCCGGCAGAAGGAGCGCAUGCUUUCCGAGCAGUCGAAGUACGCGAAAAAGUACUGGAACAUGCGGGAACUGACGGAAAGAGAUUUCUCCAAGGACCUUUUCGUGCAGUUUUUCACGCUAUCCGAGUGCACAACUCCCCCUCCAUCUCAUUUGUGUUGCCUGAACAGCAACACAAGCCGCGCUGGCAAAGAUGCAGCCUUUGCAUGACAGAUUCCUAGAGGAUUAUUGCAAAGAUGCUGUUUUGAAUUAUCCGGAGUCCGUCUUGCAAACAGUGCUAUUAACAGGCAAAGGGUGGACUUUUGGAGUUUUGCAUGACAAAUGAGGGGGAGUUGGAGUUGUGCACUUUCAUACACGCCGUUGAUGCAGAUCGAGCGGGACAGCAGCGAUGUGUAUCAUAUGGAAGAACGUCCCCACACCAUAGUCAAGAUGGGAAGUCUGCAACACAAAUCUCGAAGUUUUGGGAGUUCUGCAUGACAAGUUUCCAUCUGCGGUGUAGUGCUGGCUAGCAAGAAAAGCCGCACGACAAAGCCAUUUAAUCAUCCUGUUUACAACAUUACAAAUGCCAAAACACGACUGAAAAUGCCUGUCAUGGAGAUGCGCAUUGCAAAUGUUCCUGUCAUUGCGCAUUUGCAUGACAACUCUGGGGUGGGGGCGUUUUUACACAGGAAAAUGUGUGUUGGAAGGACAGCAGCGGGUAUUCCAUUGUGCAAAUGGACAACGAGUAUCGUGAGGAAAAAUCCACCCUCCCCAUACCAAAAGGGGAUACUUGUGAAAAUUUGUGAUGCGGAUUUGUGGCCACAGAUCGUCUCUCUAUUGCAAGAAGGCAAAUCCAGAGAUUCCGCUGCAUUUUGCAGGCGGUUUGUGAUGCUGCUAGGCCUCCAGGGGGGAUCUCUGUCAUGCUACAGGCCUACUGCAGAACAUCCCCGCCCGGGUUUUGUAUCUGCCUGCAUUCCUUUACUGCAAGACACAGCUGAUUUGUGUACACAAGUCCCGCAUCACAGAUUUCGACUUUGAUAUGGGGCGGGGGGUUUUUUUCUUUUGAUAACGAGUUUUUGUCCAAAAGGUUUCUCACCGAGUUGGCGGAGCAGGCGGAGUAUCAAAUGCACGUAUGUCUGGGUCUGGAAGAUUGCUAGGUUUGUCAUGCAGGUUUUCCAUGACCCACGAGGUCUGGCAUGCACGGCCUAACGUGACAGAGUCGGAGGCGAGAUCUCUAUCAUGCCUUUCCUGAGUGAGAAACUGCCUCUAGACUUGUUUGAAAGUGAACACUUUUGUUCAUCGUGCAACACAAAUUUUUUCACGAUCCAGAUUUAGCAUCACAAGUCAAGUACACGCUCUUCCAGACCCAGACAUAUUUGCAAUGCAUACGGAAAUGAGCAAAAACUACAGUAGCGGGGACAAGGAUCACCAUAUCGCAAGAGAAAAGUGUUACAGUUACACAUUGUGCUGCAGGCCAAGCAAGAUAGACGAGCUCUGUCAUGCCGGAUAUGCAUAGGAUCCUCCUUUCAUAGGUAUUUUCCCGUAGGAUUUCUGCAUUACAAUUUUUGUCUCUCAUGCAGAGAAGUUUGUGUUGCUGAAUUUACUACAAAUGUGUAACUGUAACACUUUUUUCGUGGGAUACACCACAGUGGUGCUGUUUCAUCUUCCUCCAGUACUACUUCUAGCGAAGUUCAUCUUGCGAAUUCUGCUGCGGCGCCCUUGGUCCUCGCCGGUUUCUUGAGUAACUACACCACGGCCGCUGGAAACGAAAACUUGGUCUCUGGGUUCGGCAAGGUGGGGGGUACAACUGGCAGAGAAGAUGAUACUGCAGGAGCAUCGAUAUUGUAUCAAAUGCAAAAAUGUUAAUGUCUCGGUCUGGAAACUUGUGAUGCUAUAAUGUCCAUGAUGAAAACGCUUCCGAAUGCAGCCCAGCAUGACAACUUCCCAAAACGCUUUCUCAUAGGCAAUCCGCAUGACAAACUGCGUUUUUGCAUGACAAAAGAGGCUGCGACUUUUGUUGGUUAUGCAAUACAGAUUUCCCAGGAAUGUAGAGCUAGCAUUACAAGUUUUCUCCAGACCCAGACAUUUUUGCAGUGCAUAUAUUAAAAGCAGGAGCAACAUUAAAGAACCUCCCCACAACUUCUGACUCAGCAGCGAAAAGAGUAGACGUGCUAGAAGCGGUCGAAAGCGCGGAGGAAGACGAAAGUUCUAUCAAGUCCAAGAACAGUGAAGGAGCUGCAGGAGGCUCAGCAGACAUCGACGUGGUCCAAGAGGAUGUCGACAGCCGCAUUUUCGUCGAUCCAGUGAUUCACAAGGAACCGGGGGAGAAUUUCUUUCAGUCCAUGGGAUUCUGGGUGAAGAAGUUUCUCGCAGCAAGUUCUCCACCACUUCUCGUUCCGGAAGCAGCAAGAAGGUUCUCGAGCACCAGUUCAACAGUUGCAAACAGGCUCUUGCCACAAAAAGUCGUGGUUUUGCUGAAGACGCAUUUGGGCGCCGUGAUGCAAGAGCAGGAGACCGCGUUGCAUGUGAAGAAGGAGCUGAAUGAGAAUCUGAAGGUCGUCAUUGUGAACGAGGAAGUAACCGAGAAGGAGCCACCAGCACGUCCACAAGUUGCAGCGACGAAGGAUGAUGAUGAUGAUGAACUCCAACGACACGAGGAGGAACAAAAUAUGAACAUCGACAAAGCCACCCGGUUGAUCGAGAAUUUACCCGCCGCGCUCCGACCGCACACAGUCGUCGUGCCAAGAAAUAGUAUAGAACACCGAGAAAAUAAAAGUAGAACUACCAACUUCUACCUUCUACUCGACGAGUUUCUGAAAACUGCGCAGUCAGGUUGGAAGGAAUACGAUAUUGCAAGGAAAAAUUCCCCCUCCCCAUACUGAAAAGGUAUAUUUUUGGAAAUUUGUGAUGCUGAUUUGUGGUCACAAAUCGCGUCUGUCUUGCAAGAAGGCAACUCCGCAGGUUCCGCCGCAUUGUGCAGGCGGUUUGUCAUGCUGUUCGACCUACAGCGCGGAUGUUUUUCAUGCUAAGCGCCUAAGCCACAACCCCGCUACUCACGCUUAGUAUGUGCCUUCAGUGCUCUCCAGCAAGACGCCUCGGAUUUGUGUACGCAAAUCCAGCAUCACAAAUCCCCUUUUCGAUAUGGGCUGGGGGUUUUUUCCUUUUGAUAUACGAGCAGCUUUUGGCGGAACAAGUACGAAAGGCAGCCGAAGACGUAUGGAACUGUCAGGAUUGAAAUCAACAAAAUCGAAAUAAUGCGUGAUGCAUAAAAUCGAUACCAGUUGGAGCCUCAGUUUCCAACUGGCGCAUGACAAAUUUUGUGAGCACCAAAAUCCAGUCUGUCAUGCUGUUUGGGCAAAGAAGACUGCUCCUGUCGUGCUACUCUGGUAGCACAUCGCCUCCUCCUAAACAGGCUGGCAAUCGGUCUCAUUUGCUUGCUCCCCAAUACAGGCCCUACUUGCCCUACAUUUCAUGCAUUGCAAAUUUUUCGAUUUUGUCGAUUUCGAUCCUGACACAUCCAUAAGACGAGGAAGAAAGACAAGCACAAGGGCGGUCAGUUGACUCAGAGGACGAAGAACACAAUUCCGAGUUCAAUUACCAGGUCUACUUCGACACACUCGCGGUGUUUUUCAGCACAAAGAUCGCGGAGGUGAAAGAAAACUUGUUUCCGGGCUUGAAAACACGGAUCCAGCUGAAUGUCAUCCAGGUACAGGAGGACGAGGAGGAGGAGGAUGGUCAACAUGGUAGUAGUGGUGACGACAAGGCUGCUAUCCAGGAAAAAAACUGUGUUAGUGUAACUUUUUUGGAGGAAUAGCAUCACAAGUUUGCUCUGCAUGACAGAGAGAGUCUGUCAUGCGCGGCUAGUACGUGAAAACAGGUACGAAGAGAGCCUCUGAUGCAUGUCCAGCAUGACACGUGUAACUGUUUUGCAUUUUCUGUUUCACAGAUUUACAAUUACACAGUUUUUUUCUUGCAUAGAUGCAGCUGCAGCAACCAGUAGUUCCAAUCGCGUUCUGGAGUACUUCCAGCAGUUUUUUCAGCUCUUCGCCGAAUUCUCUCUUAUUGCAAGGAAAAAUCCCCCCUCCCCAUAUUGAAAACACGUCCUUCCGAAAAUUUGUGAUGCAGAUUUGUGACCACGAAUCCUGUCCGUCUUGCCAGAAGGCAAAUCCAGAGACUCCGCCACGAUAUGCAGGCCGUUUGUAAUGCUGCAAGGCCUACAGGGCAGACGUCUGCCAUGCUAGGCCCCUACACCAAAAGGCCCCUGCUUAGGCUUGCGAUCUGCGUGCAGUGCUUUCCUGCAAGACAAGCGCGAUUUGUGUACACAAGUCCCGCAUUACAGAUUUCCGCUUUGAUAUGGGGAGGGGGGAUUUCUCAUUUUUAUCUCUCUCCUCUUCGAGUUACAGGAGAAAAGCACCCUGCUGCUCGUUCUCGACGCGGAAAAAAUCGGGUUUCACCACCACGGCUGCGGGGCGAGGAGGAAUCUCGUGAAUUCUUUUCUCAAUCUGGGUUUGGGCGAGAAGUUAGUGCUGCCCGCCGGGUUGCCCGUGGAGCCGGUGGAGGUGCUCGAUGUUUGUCGGGACUUCCUAUCAAAAGGAAAAAUCCCCCCUCCCCAUAUCAAAACGAAGUUUCUGAUGCUGGAUUUGCGUACUCAAAUCAGAUGUGUCUUGCUGGCGAGGACUGCAGGCUCCUGCCGAGCCUGAGUAGAGAGCUUUUGGCCUAGGCGCUUAGCAUGAGAAACGUCUAUGCUGUAGGCCCAACAGCAUGACAAACCGCCUGCAUAGUGCGGCAGAGCCAGCGGAGUUGUCUUCUUGCAAAACAGACGUGAUUUGUGGUCUCGAAUCAGCAAGACAAAAUUUCGGAAACAUACCUUUUCGAUAUGGGGAGGGGAGAUUUUUCCUCCCAAUACUUCCAGUGGCCGGAGGGGACGAUAUGCGAUGCAAAUAUGUCCUCUGGGCACUCUCCGAAAGUUGUGAUGCUGCGGCAUGCAUCACAGGCAGCUCGGGUCAUGUACAAUUGUGCAUGAUUGACAAAGAACUCCUCGAAUCUUCCAUCCGCAGAUGACAUAUUUGCAUUUGAUAGACGGCGUUCGGGGACAAUGACCGAGCGAAGGAGGGGAGGGGGGAAUUGAACGAAAGGUUCGAGCAAAUCGAC